CAGAAAAUACUGACCUUUCACCUCAGCGCCACUUUCCUUCUACGUUCGCAACACCGCUGAGCCCCCAAAUAUUUCUGCUCAAUUUAGAAAACUUGUGGAGAAAAUUCCAAAGAUUCACUGCACUCUGGGGACUUCCAGGGGAAGGUCCUUCCAAUUGCAGGGUUGAGGCCUUUGGAGAUUCAGUUGAUGUUUCUGUCGCAAACAGGAGGAAAUCAGCAGAUGCUGGAAAUUCAAACAACAAACACAAAAUGCUGCUGGAACACAGCAGGCCAGGCAGCAUCUCUAAGGAGAAGCACUGUCGAUGUUUCGGGCCGAGACCCUUCGUCAGGACUAACUGAAAAGAAAGAUAUGUGGAAACCGCCGCGAUAUUUUCCCCACUGACUCAGGCAGCGACAUUACAUUCCCCGAGUCUGCAGCGCGUCUAGUGGACAAUCGCGGUACUGCAGUUCCCCAAAGGUGAAAGCAUUCUGAAUCAGGAAGUGUUGGGAGUUAACAUGGCUUCGAAAGGACCGGUCGAGAGUUUAACCGAGGAGGUAAUUUGUCCCAUCUGCCUCGAUUUCUUCGCCGAUCCGGUGUCACUGGAGUGCGGACACAACUUCUGUCGCUUUUGUAUUACACAGUGUUGGGAAAGGGAGGAGAAAAACUCCUGCCCGGAAUGCAGAGAGGUGUUUGCUGACCGCAACCUCAGGGCCAAUCGGGCCUUAGCAAAUCUUACAGAAAAAGUUCGAAAACUAAACCCAAUUAUGAAAGGGAAGGAAAGUAAACAUCACUGCGAGGAACAUGAGGAAGAACUGAAGCUGUUUUGUGAAACGGACAAGACACUGAUCUGUCUGAUCUGUAGAGAUGCGCGGGAACACAGAGAGCACCGCUUCAUGCCGAUUAAAGAAGCUGUUCAAAUCUACACGGAUCAGCUAAAAUCUUCCUUAGACUCUCUGACAAAAAAGAGUUCAGACUUCCAGGAAAAGGAGCAGCAACAGAAAGAGAAGAUUUCCAGAGUUCGGGAACAGUCACACAGCCUUCAGUCCCACAUCACAUCCCAGUUUGCGGAACUGCGACAGAUUGUUGCUGAGAAAGAGCAGAGCUUACUCAGGGAUCUCAGGGAAGAAGAGGAGAAGAUUCUGAAUCUAAUGGAGAGACAUCUUCGAGAGAUUCAAGAGAAUAUAAGGAUUAUUCAGGAGGAAAUCACAAAGUUAAAGGAACAGAUGUUUCAAAAAGACAGUGUGAUAUUUCUCAAGGAGGAAGCUUGUCGGAACAGGAGGAUUAAUGACAAUAUCCAGGAAUUGUCAAUGACAGAUGAGGCCAAACCGUUUGAAAAAUUCGAUCACCCCUAUUUGUUGAACACAGUCCUGAGAGAAACAGUUCAUCUCAUUAAUCGAGACACAAGCAAUCUCCCAGAUGUAUGGAUUGGCCAAGGACAUAUGGUAACAGAGGAAAUGAAACAGAUUGACAUUCGGAAGGGAACGGUGAUGAGAAGACUGAUGGGACUGAAGGCUGACAAAUCCCCAGGUCCAGAUGGUCUGCACCCUAAUGUACUAAAGGAGGUGGCCCUGGAAAUUGCGGAUGCAUUGAUAAUGGAACCGGACAAUUACCACUGAAGGUUUGUCUGUAACACUCGGUGAUCGACGCCGAAUUCUAUGUGCCCGAUCCAAUAAAGGGGGGGUUAUUCGGGAAAAUCGUCGGAAACGCUUCUUUUAAAAGUUGAGCAAAAUAUUUCGAAGAGUCAUCUUUUUCUAUGCCGUCUGGAAGACCAAGUAUACGUAAGUUCUGUCUUCUGGACCGAUUCUCAAAAUCGUCACUCUUGGCUUUAAGGGCUUCCAUCAGCUUAAUGGUCGAAAUUAAAUCCUGUUGCAGUUUUCCAAUAGUCAAAUCUCGCUUCCGAGCAUCUUCUUGCAGAGACGCAAUAAGAGCUUGUUGCUGUUUAAUUACUAAAUCCGUCUUAACCAUGUACUCUUGAAAAGCCUUUAUAUCUUCUUUAAAAAAUUGUUGUAGUUCAGCAAAUUUUUUAUCCAAAACCUCCAUAAACAAUUCAAAAGUUAAUUGAGUUUGUUGUGUCGGAGCCUGCUUUUUUCCGUUACCGUUCGGAUUACGUCCGGGAUCUCGUCCCUUAGACCUGAGAGACAUUUCUGUUUGCAUAUCUUCAAAAGUUCACAACAAACUCUUGGCAGUAAACCCAAAAAAAAAUGAAUAAAGAAACUUUUGGUAUAGGUAAAAAUAAGCUGAAUAAGGGUGAUCAAAAGUUAAAAAAAGUAAAGGUUAUGGAGCGAAUCCAAAACAGUACUCACUCCAUGAGCGUCUCCAGCUGACCGAGAAGACCUUCUUUCUUUUAACAGGAUGAUUCAAUCCCUUUACAAUCCAGCUCACAAAUUUCAAUGGACUAACCAUUAUCAAUUGUUAAGACGUAAAUGGCAGUAGGCAUAUAUAAGAUCAAACAUUGCAAUAACAGUUUGGAAGCAAAAAUAUAAACAUAAAUCAAUAAAAUCAGGACACAGACAUGUCCUGGAUAACAAGGAAAAACAAAAAAAAAUAGAUAAUGUUGGUACUGGAGAAUCCACCCCACCAUCUC